AUGUACCAUGGUGGCCUCUCGCCCAUCGUCGAUGCAUCAUCGACCCCUCCCACGUCUUCCUACUCGCCUGCUGCUGGCAUCUCAUCUCCAGGCUCAUCCGAUUUAUUCUCAGCCAUGUCGCCCUACUCGUCCGAUGCGAGCGGCCAAUUCCUGCAACCGGCUACUCAUCACCUUCAACACCCGCACAUGCCGCCACAAUCCUCAUACCUCGCUCCUCCCCCGUCGACGGGCGCUGGUAACCUGCUCUCGCCGCCUCACUCGCACGGCUCCCCAUACCCUGCUGGACUCCAGCAGCACCAGCAGCAACCCGAACCCCACUUCUCGUCGGUGGAGCAGCCCCAGGCAGGAGCAGCACCUCUGUUGUCCCCUCCCCACUCGCACGGCGCGUUCCCUCCGCAGGCCCACCAGCCAGCGCUGCACCACCACCACCACCACCAACCGCAACUGCAAUACACACAGCCUCAGCAGCCCGCACCUCAACAGCUGCCAGCGCCACACUACAUGCAGCCCCAACAGCAGCCAGCGCCGCACUACAUGCAGCCCCAGGCGGCGCCGCAGUUCUACGGCGUGCCUGCGGCGGGUGGAGGCACGUUCGGGCCUGCAAGCGGCGGGCUGCCGGUGCCGGAUGCCUUCGCCGAUUCGCCUGCACCCUCUGCGUCCUCGCUGGGUGCGGACUCCUACGAGCCCAUAUUCGAAGACACACCACCAACACAGCAGCAGAAUCCUCAACAGCGCGGCAACGGCGCGGGAGAGGACGACGACGACUACAUGGGGCUCUACAACAAGCCGAAGAAGCCCAUCCUCCCGCCGAUGGAGCAGGCCGGGGGCAACGACGUGUCCUCGCUCUUCGCCACCUCGGCCUCCUCGUUGCGCCAGAGACGCGGCGGUAGCGCGCAUGAGGAGGACUCGGCGGUGACAUCGUCGUCCUCGAGAAGCCAGCCCGCACCGAAGCCCACCGCGACCCCUCCCGCCAGGGCGAGGAGGCAGCCAGCCGCCGCCAAGCCCGGAAACUGGCACUGGCCGUGGGCGUCGCGAUUGGCGGGUCUCCUGCUGCUGACCUACUUCGCCUCUCUCAGCUAUCGCCACUGGGAGAAGGAUGGAUUCGAGGGGCUGGCGGACAUGCUGUUCAACCUGCAGAUCUUUAUCCUGCUGGCGGCCGUGGGGAUGCUGCUUCUGUCCCCGACGCUCAUUGGCACGUCACUAGUGGUGUUGAGCUACUAUCACUUCUCGUGGUGGGCCGAUCUUGCCCACUGGCUCAUCACCGGGGCCUUUUUCUUCGGCACCGCCGUGCCCGUCGCGCACAUGUCGUGGGACAACUACUUUGCGAUCGCGGAUUUGAGCUACCACGCGCUGUUCUUGCCGCUCUGCUUCCUGGCGCUGUACAAGAAUGGAGGGGUGAGGUGGCGCGCGGGCUUCCUGUCGAUCUUCCUCCACUCGCUGCUCUUCCUCCUCUCGACGACGCACCAGCUCCCGGGAGUGCCCUCCCUCCACGCCUACACGCCCUUCGCCCACAGGAGCGCGAACCUCUACGAGCAGGCCUACAAGAGCGAGAACAGUCCGCCCUACCGGGCCUUCAUGGAGCAGGCGCCGCAGCAACUGCAGAACGCCGCUGACAGCCUGGUGCCUCUCCUCGAGCAGCAGGGCAUCCACGUCAGUCUCGAGCGUGCCGCACCUGAAGAGGGCGGCGCACUGGUCGUCCCGUUCUACGUCUACUCCAUCCUCUGGAUCGUCCUGUGCAACUUCGUCUCCUUCGUGCUCCUCAAGCUCCUCUCCUUCAUCCUCCUCCAGCGCGGCGCUCAGGGCAAGAAGAAGAAGGCCGAGUGA